AUGAGUUACGGUAUCAAGCCAGAUGUUACUUCCCUUGACGAAGAUUUGAAAAUACUGAGAGAAGGUAAAUUUGAUCAAGCUUCUAUUAACAGUAUUCAAGGAUGGAUAUAUACAAGUGUACUUAAAGAAACUAUUCCAGAAGGAAGCUUAUUAGAGUCAUUAAAAAGUGGAGUCACUCUCUGUAAACUUGCCAAUACCCUUUCCCAAGCUGAUGUAGGGUCGCCUAUUAUAAAAUGGAAAGAAAGUAAAAUGCCAUUUGUUCAGAUGGAACAGAUAUCACAAUUCCUGACAUUCAUGAGGCAAUAUGGAGUUCCAGAAGAUGAAUUAUUUCAAACAGUAGAUCUGUACGAAGAGAAGGAUCCAGCUUCAGUCUAUCAAGCUUUAAAAUCAUUAUCAAGAUAUGCUAACAAAAAACAUCCAGAUUUAUUUCCAGUGCUGGGACCUCAAAUAGCUACAAAAAAACCACGUCCACCAGUUAAACAGAAACCUAAACACCUAAAAGGUGAUAGUGGUUGGAGUACUCUAGAAUACGGAUAUAUGAACGGAGCCUCCCAAGGUUCUGAAGGUAUUGUAUUCGGCCAAAGAAGGAAUAUCCUGUGA